AUGGUUGAGGGUGUUACCAACGUAGUUUUCAAGCUGGACCUCACGGUUAUACCUCUUGAAGCAACUACUCCUAUCAAUCGCUCCAAAACUGCAUCAGACAUGACCUUCCACAUCCAGCAGAUCGCGAAGGACACCCUUCGGUUCGAUCGGUCAGGUCCCGUCUGCACAGAGCUUAUCAUCGGUAGUGGUUCUAACUCUAGAACCAUCAAAGCGGUUCUGGAUUCUGGAGCCGGUUAUAACUAUGCCAAACCCGAUAUCCUCCAAGCUCUCGGCUCAGCUGUCCAAUGGCUAAAACCGGAUGGAAAUCAUGCUAUCCGAGCUGUGGGAGUAUCAGGCGAAGUCAUGCCAGCGAGCAAGGUGGCACUAGUAUCAGUUUGCUCACCUCGACGUCCACAUGAUGUCCACAAACUACGGAUCCUAUGUCCUGAUACUCUGCUGCCUAACAUGCUCCUGGGGGUGGAAGGCCUCAAGUCCCUCCAUAUUGGGAUGACUUUCACUGAAAGUCUUUCAGCGCCCAAGGUGUUCGUGUUCAUAGUGGUGUGGAUCCAGCUCAAACCCUCCUCCGGGUAG